AUGUCAGACCUAUUCAGAAGCAAAGAAAAUGAGUUUUAUAUAGAACUUUCAGAAGAGCGAUACUAUUUUCCUGGAGAUCAAAUAUAUGGUAAGGAAUACGACUAUUGCUGUAUAAAUGAAUGUGAUGUUGUUCUGGAUUUAAAGAAGGCCACCAAAACAAACAAUAUCAAAGUAACGCUCGAAGGUAUAGUAGAGUUUGGUGGAAAAAACUUAGUUCUAUUUGCAAAGACUACGCUUGUGGCCGAAUCCCCGGAAGGUGACCAAAAAUCGUAUUAUCUACAGCCGCAUACACACAGAUUCCCUUUCAAGAUAUUUAUUCCAUCAUCCGAUAGUUGCCAAGUGCCAAGUACUCUAGAAAUUCCUAAAUUGUUAAAAGUUAGCUAUAAACUGACCGCUGUUUACAACAAAGCAUAUUCAGUACUUGAAAAGUUUUGCCCAAGCACCUCUGUCUUUGUCAAUGUUUUAGAGCACAUUGAUGUCGAGAGUCCUCAGCUUCGUGGAGAGCAGGUUUUGCAGAAGAGUUUACGAUUAACAGGGGAAACCAGUAGGAAGGUGAAGGUGUCUGCUGUCAUAGGGAAGAAAGCAGCUGUUCGAGGCGAUAUCGUACCAAUUUCCGUCACCAUUGAGCAUAUUGGGGUAAUGGUUAGGGAUAAAGCAAUCUCAGCGAAGCUAUUUAGAUCAGUUUAUUAUGGAAAGAAGAAAGAACUGUUUGGGUCCAAGUUACUGCGUGAAGUCACUUCAGAUAUAAAUAUAUCAGGGCCCUUUAACUUUACCAAAACCUUCAACUUGAAACUGCCGAUUCCAUCAAAUAUAUCACCUACAGUUGAUAUCUUGGGGAAUGUUUUUGAAAUACAAUACUCUAUACGUAUUUCCGUUAAUUUGAAUGAAGAAAACCCUCACCGAGCAGAAACGGAGAAGGAUAUAGUGGGAUUCAUUUCGAACUUCACUGUAGGAACUUAUCCAAAACUUUCAUUUUGCAUCGAUGGCGACGAAGAGAAUCCUGAUGAUUUGUUACUCAAAGAUUCAGCAAUUGAUGCAUCAGAGUAUGACCGGGUUUUUGAACAAUUAAAGGAUCUGGACCUAGAAACACAGGUCAAUUCACCAAAUGGCUCUUGUGAUGAGGAAGACUACCAAGAUACGGUUCAUUCUUAUGCAUCAGCUAAAGCAGCAAAUGCCACAUUGAAUGAUAAGCCAACAGAAACAAUAAAAACCGAAAAUACACUCCAAUCUCAUGAUCAUUUAUCAACGAAGGCAACUGUACAAGAUAAGGUCCCGGCUAUUAUUACGAAUGAGAGCUUCUACUCCCCUUAUACAGCUGAAGUCGUUUCACCGCCUUUGGAUAAACUUGAGUACAGCUCAAACAGUGCAACUACUGUUCGUGAUGCUCAAAAAGACGAUUUUACAGCGGGAUUACCGCUUCAAUCAUCCCCAGUCUCGAACCGCUUAGAGGCAGUGCCAGCUUCACAAUUUCAUAAACGCUCCUCAAGUGGUGUUUCUAAUAUUUCAACGUUGGAUUCUGUUACAGAUCACACUAUAUCAUCGUCAGCAAGCCCUCAAUCCACAUUUAAGCAAGCAGCGUCAUCAUUGACGAAUCCUUUACACGAUAUACCAGUCGUGGAUCCUGCUGUUUCAACGUCACUACAAACGCAUGAGUCUAUUGGGGUUGUGCAGCCUUCAGCACCGUCGCCAAAAUUAGCAGAUCAGCGCAGUACUCAAUCAGCUCAACAGCUUGCUCGACAAGAAUCUGUACGUUGGGUCGUGCCAAGUCCCGUCACAUCGUCACCUGUAAACGAGGCUACUAAACCUAAUAUGCUCCCUCCUCAAAUGGUUGAAACAACAGAUAUUCAGACAGAGAGUAAUUAUGUUAUGAUGCCUACGCCGCUUGUCGAUCAACUAUUACUGAAUCAUAAUCAAUAUCAACCUCAUCUCAAUUAUCCAUUUGAAAAUAGCUAUCAUUCUGAAGGAUUGUCUGUCUCAAAUUACCAGAGUUCACCACAAGACAGUUGCAGUUUCCCAACACCAAUGCCCGUGAGCCAUUCUCUUUCAUCAUCUCUUUACAACCAAUUUCAACCGACGAUGAGUUCACAGUUGCAUCCACCUUUAAACACCUUCGGUAGUAAUCCAUUUCCAACUCCUAACUAUAACCAUUGCGAUAAUCAGGAAUCCAACAGAUUUGACAAUAACAAUGAAUAUUGUAAAGCUGCCCCUAUACCACAAGUACAACAUUACUUCCCCGGUAGGUUUAUGGAAAUGCCUACGCCACAAAAUAAAUACCCCUACUAG